AUGAGCCUGUACUCCUCCCUCUUCCUGGAGCUCCCACUGCGCGCCAGAAAGAAGAUAGGGAUCGUUGGGCCAGUGCCGCGGGAACCGAUCGAUCCCCAUCACCCCCCCCAUGCACACGAUCCCCACGAUCCCGAUCCCCCCCCCCAUGGAGACGAUCCCCACGAUCCCGAUCCCCAUGGAGACGAUCCCCACGAUCCCGAUCCCGAUCCCCGCCAUGGAGACGAUCCCGAUCCCCGCUGCUCUGGGGGAGACGAUCCCGAUCCCUGCGUCUUUGUUCUCUAUCCCCAGGGGGCCGUCUCCUGUCCCCGCGGAGACGAUCCCGAUCCCCGUUGCUAUGGAGGAGACGAUCCCCGGAGACGAUCCCCCUGA